GGGUUGACAUCUGAAGGGGCACGUCCUCCAAGAUCGCUGACCUAAGUUCUCCCUCGAAUUUGGGGAUCUUUGACGGAACUCACUCACCUGCAAACCCAACCACCUUCGCACAAAACGCCGGGCACGGGCUUCGGCGCGCUAUUUGCGCGUAAAAGCUCCGAAUAGUCCGCGUAGACUUUCACACGGUCUCGCCAUGCCGGCGCUGCGCAAAAGCCGUGGUCCUAGGUCCAGCACCACCCCGUUCGCCUCCCCCACCGGCACGCCCAGCGAUUCGAGAGAGAGAAGCCAGCGAUCAAUUAUGGAGUGGACGGAGCCCUCUGUCCAAAAUCCCACGCCAUCGUUCGAAGAGCACGGGUUUGCUCGUCACGGCGUCCUGGAGCAAAUGGCUCCCCUGGGUCAGCCUCCCUCCGCGAAAGUAAAGCAGCGCACGCGCGCGAUGGUCGGCGACGCGGCUGCGCGAAAGUCUCUGGCGGGCAAGGGUUGUUUCUUGGGGGACGAGGCUGGGUCAACGCCCGAGGUCACACCAGCUCCUGAGCUCGAGCCGGACGACUCGGAGAGGCAAGAGGAGGACGAGCUGCCCCUGGAGCUUCCACUGCAAGAGGAAGACGCUGACGACGACUACGUACCCUGCAAGACAAAGAAGAAGACACCAGUGUCGAAACCGACUGUCAGGGGUAAGCCAUCGGCACAAGGGAAGACACCCGGUGAGGCGAAAACACCGGUCAAGGCGAGCACGCCUAGAGUCGCCUCAGCUCCAGCGAGUCCUGCGGUGCAGGCUGUAGAGCAACCGCGGGACACCGAGCUUUCGCAACGCGCGCAAAUCUACCUACUGGCGGCGGCAGAGUCAGCUAAAGCCCAUGACAACCCUAGACUCAGCGAGGCUUUCAAGCAACUGAAAGACUUGAGCAAGCGCGAUCAGACUAUGGCCGCCAUUAUCGAUUCAAUCUGCAAACAGAACCAGACCUCAACACAGUGGGCCACGUUCAGGACCAACAUCAAAGCAUUGAAGAAGACCAAGACGAAGAAGCCAAAGAAGCAGCGCAAUGGUGAUUUUGCCACUGCAAAGUCUGAGACUCCAAUGGUUAGCCAACAACCAUCCCCCAGGCCGAGCAGCGAGGUGGCCCCUGACGACUCAAUCUCCUUUGUUCACGACAACGAAGCUGCGAUAGAAGAUGCGUAUCCGGCCGCAGAUGCAACGGCUGGAGCGCUGCCUUCGCCUCAUCCUCUCAGCACAGCCCCAACCCUUCCAGCGAUUGAACCUUCUAUUGAAACCGUACCACGACAACCUUCAAAAUCACCGCGCAAGAAGCAUGCCUCUAACGGAAAUCUGGCACCCGGGAGUGAGAUGGAUGUGGAUGGUGGAGCUUCUUCAGCGGCACAAACCCCAGCAGGGAACACGCCAGAAGUAGAUGACGGGAGUGAUUCAGAGCUUUCAGAAGUCAACGAAGAGAUUGUGCAAAAGGGCCCGCCGACUCCCGCACAGCCAGAGAAGAAGACCUCGACUCCAGCGCCUGCGGCUGUCAAGAAGGGCAAGGGCGCUGGUGUUGCCCGCGGACCGAAGAAGCACGCCAACAAAGGAAAGCUGUUCGGCAAGCAUGCACACAAGAACCAGCCAGCGAACCCCGAGCAACAGGAAGAUCUUGAGCAGAUCUAUCAAAUGCGGAGAGAGAUGGCAGACGCGCAGCCACUGCGCCAGUUCGAUCUUCCAUUCCCUCAGUCUGACGUUCGCUUCGAUGACGAGAUUUUGGAGACUGAGUCUCUGACCGAAUCCAUGAUCGCGGUUGGACCACCGGUGGAUUCUGACCAGCCGCGACGUGCUGGACGGAUGCCACAGGGUGCAAAGCGUUUGCGCGAGGACAUGUCACGGUUUUCCUCACCUCAGCUCGAGUCAGCAGCUGUCUCGAGACCCACAACACCUGCAGUUCAGCCAGCAGCCAAGCGGCUCAAGGUGAACCACGGCCCGACUGCCAGGACAAAGCGAUCGCCCGUUAAGAAUCGGGACGGUGGAACCAUUGCUGGUGUGCCAUAUGGUGGUGGCGGUUCGAGACAGCUGGGGCCUGAUGACAACGACCCAGUAAGUGCCACUCAUUUUCCCGAAGCAUCCAACCACACCAUUCCUCCUUCACCAACACAACCAUCAUCAACAUUUGACCCACUUUCAUUCCUCAACUUCAAAUGGGGGUCGAUAAGAAGCUUGCGCUACCCAAAUAUCCUCCUUCGCCUCCGCUUUCGGUUUUGUCCUCUCCUCUAACAGAACAUCAGAACUCGCCGGCUUCAGAGAGCGAGGACUAUUGCUCAGCCUGCA